CCACCACGUCCACGACGAAUUUUCAACGAUAACAGUAUCGACCCGUGCCAGAUCUGUUUACCUAAAUUUCUACCUAUCGAAAGCAUCAAGAAAUCAUGGCGGAAACUUCUGCUGCACCAGGAACACCAACCUUCAAGCUCGUGCUUGUCGGUGAUGGAGGAACUGGAAAGACCACCUUCGUCAAGCGCCAUUUGACUGGUGAGUUCGAGAAGAAAUAUAUCGCCACUCUCGGUGUCGAAGUUCACCCCCUUGGAUUUACUACCAACUUGGGAAACAUUCAAUUCGACGUCUGGGAUACUGCUGGACAGGAAAAGUUCGGAGGUCUCCGUGAUGGAUAUUACAUCAACGGCCAAUGCGGUAUCAUCAUGUUCGAUGUUACUUCCCGUAUCACAUACAAGAACGUUCCUAACUGGCAUCGUGACUUGGUUCGUGUUUGCGAAAACAUUCCUAUUGUUCUUACCGGAAACAAGGUCGAUGUCAAGGAACGUAAAGUAAAGGCAAAGACCAUCACCUUCCACAGAAAGAAGAACCUCCAAUACUACGACAUUUCGGCCAAAUCCAACUACAACUUCGAGAAGCCCUUCUUGUGGUUGGCCCGCAAGCUCGUUGGUAACCCAACUUUGGAAUUCGUUGCUGCACCAGCAUUGGCACCACCAACUGCACAAGUCGACGAGGAGCUCUUGAAGGUUUACCACAAGGAGAUGGAAGACGCCGCCGCUAUGCCACUUCCAGAUGAGGAUGACAACGAUUUGUAAAUCGACCGCAAUAAUGUCCAGAGGACCUUCGAUCAAUUAGCAGCAUCUUAGAUAGUUCUUUUUCUCUCGGUGGUAUUUGCAUUUCUCCUGUCGAUCGGUUUUGCGGAUAGAGGCAGAUGACGCUCUCUCGUUUACUCGGGGCAGGGCACAUUACAGGCCAAGG